UCUUAAACAUUAUGUUUGAGAAUUCCCUGUUGAUUAUAAAGCCGGAUUAUCUGCACAAGCGGCGACCGGUGCUUUUGAAGUUGCUUUCUGAGGGCUUCCAACUGCAGGGAAAUCGCAGGAUUGCCUUUUCCCCGGAAACUGCCGCCGAAUUCUAUGCUGACUAUGCCGACGAAAAGGGCUUUAUGCUGGAGGUCAUUCUCCUUUCGAAGGGAGUUUCCGAGGCCUUCAUAGUUACCAAGGAGAACGCCGUGCAGGAGCUGCUCAACAUCAUGAUUUGUUAUUUUGGUUCUGCAUCCGAACUGGAACGGAAUAUCCAUGUUACCAAAAAUAGUAACAGUGUGGCACGUGAGAUCAACUUUAUUUUUCCCAACUAUAUUCACGAACACCAUCAGAUGUUCGACCACAACAACUUUUGCAAUCGGCCGAUGCUAAAACCACUUCUCGAGGAGAUCUACGACAUAAUGCAGAACGUGGACUGCAGCCAGGAGAACUGGAAGGUGCGCUUGUCCGACUACCUAGUGCGCAGCAACCCAAAGAUGCCGCAGGUCACCAACCAGUGUCAACAGCGACCGGAUGUGGGCAUUCAGGACAGAUCCCAGCAGACCACCAUGACCUAUGCCCCGAAGCCGAGUGUAAGGGGUGUUCCACCGCGCGACAAGAAGACCCAGAGCAGCAGUACACCCCUCUCAUCCACUUCGCCUCACUCCUCGAUGCUGCUUUCCUCCAGUUCGUGUGUCACCUGCGGCGGAUUCGAGCGAACCGAGCCCUGUAUCUCCGAACUGGAUCUUAAUAAGCGGGUGGAACCUCACGAUGAGGAGCCAGUUUGUGUGGACGAGGAGAUCCUGUGGAAGGAGGUUGUGGUCUACGAGGAAAUUCAGCCGGAGGAAGAGGAGCAGGAGUCCAAGGAAUCCAAGUUCGGGCUGGAGGAGGAGCACGAGGACGAGGCGAGUGGCUCGGAUGUGGAGUCGGACAAAAGUGCCCAUGAGGCAGCAGCACCGCCGCCGGCCCAAGAUGAGGAAUCGGAAGAGGUUGAAGCUGGCGACGAGAUGCCAGUAGAAGCUCCGCCAGCUGCCGAAGUGGUAACGCCUGCAGAAGAGGCUCCUCCUCCACCAGAGGCUGCUCCUCCUGCAGCCGAAGAAGCUCCUCCUGCCGCUGAAGAAGCUCCUCCUGCUGCAGAAGAAGCUCCUGCGGAAGAAGCUCCUGCAGAGAAUUAA